GCGAUAUAAACUUUGGAGAAUGUACAUUCAAGUUUUUAAGCCUUGCCAUAGACAUCCCACGGGCGAGUAGCUCUCUAUACGCCAAUGCCUAUUGUGAAUGGCAUACGGACGGUACUGCCCGAUCCGGGCGACUAUCCAGUUGAUUUCGACAAUCCGAGACGUCAGGCUGUUCCCCAUGCAUACUGGAUCGCCAGUGUGGGAACGAUUUUGAGUCUGUUAAUGAUGAUACAGCGGCUGUACACGAAGACUGUCGUGAUGGGAAGGCUUCAGCUGGAUGACGCUUUCCUGAUUUUGGCCUGGCUUAUGUCUAUGGCUACUGUUGGCCUUUGUGUUCACAUGUUUGCCACGGGCGCAGGCGGAGUACAUGGCUGGGAAAUUGACAUUCCAACAUACAACAUCUAUCUCAUGGACGUAUAUCUUGCCGCGGCAAUAUACAUCGUGGGUGGCAGCUUCGCGAAGGCCUCGUUGUUGAUUUUCUAUCUCCGUCUGUCGCCGCAGACGUGGUUCAAGAUAUCUGUGUGGGCUACCCUCGUUUUCAUCAGUGGAUAUACCGUCGGCAUAUUCUUUGCGCUCAUCUUCGCGUGUGAUCCCAUCGCAAAAAGCUACGAUGCCACGGUUGUGUCGGGGACCUGCAUCAAUCGACCGACGCUAUACAUUGCCACGGCUGUUGUGAACAUACUAUCAGACAUACAGCUGUUCUUCCUGCCACUGCCGUUUGUGGUCAAGCUACAAGUACCUCGCAGGCAGAAAUUGGGACUGGUAGUGAUCUUCUUGCUUGGGUCUAUCACUAUCGUCACUUCUGUGAUCCGAGUGUCCAUUUUGCCGCAAAUGCUCACGAGCGUGGAUCAAACAUGGGUUAUUUCGUGGGCCUCUGUCUGGAUUAUCGUCGAAGCGAACCUGUUCAUUGUCUGCGGCGCGCUACCGACUAUUCGAAAGUUUCUGAAACAUGUUGCACCUACUCUCAUUGGCGAGACCCGAUGCGGUCGAAGCUCAAAAGCAACGAAAGACGUGAAGAGCACUUCGGAAGCAAUCGCGCUCCGAACAAUCGGGACAAUGACUACGAAACACGGAGGCGCGAAACGGAAUCAAUACUCGCAAUUUGAAGAUAUCGAUAGCGAAUUUACCCAAGGCCGUAGAGAUAUAAUAAUGGUGUCAGAAUACUCUGUCUCUAGCGGCAUGGUUGGUGAAAGUGGAGAGGAACAACAUUGGGCGGAUGACAGUUCUGAGAAGGCUCUUAAGGAGAGUGGGCGAAUUCGACGGACACAAACCGUUACCGUAGAUUAGCAUUAGGACUCGGCAAAGUUUACGCCUAUCUCAGGAUGCGUUCAAAACACUUCAGCACCUG